AUGAAGAUUUAUUGUAACCUAGUGGAUAAAUUCUUAAAAUCAUUCUUUAUAAUAAUUAUUCUUUUCGACCAACAUAAAACGAAUCAAGUCGUCGGUAAUGUCACUCUUACUCAACAUCCGGCGUCUAAUAAUUUAACUCCUGACGAAACAGUAAAUCAAUACCGCUUAAACCUUUUAGAUGGCGCCAUGGCUUGUCACAAAUACAUGAAUCCUUUCUACGACAAUUUUUAUCUUAAAAUAGUCAAAACAGAUUUUCUUAUGGUUCCAUCUAACUCAUCGUCCCCAAUUCCUAAAUUGAAAAUGGUCCCAUCUCAAGUUCACCAAUUCGAUAUAAACGAUAUAAUCAAGAUCAGGGACGGUUUUACCUUUUACAUUGAGACUGGUUCAGAAACGAGCUUCCAAAUUGGACUUAAGAAAGAUCCUUAUCAUGUAGAUCAAAACGUUUUAAAAGUUUCCUUCGAUUUGGAAAAUAUAGCUUUAUUAAACAUCACCGAGAUGCGAAUAAUAGUUCACGGUCAGGGGAGGAUAGAUGGAAGAAAAAAAUCAUACCGAGCCGAGAUCCUUUUCAAGUUCCUGUUCUCCCUUAUAAGUGCAGAUCAGGGAUUUUCGUUGUAUUUUCCUUCCCCUUGGACCCCUCAGAGUCCAUACAUUCAUUUACAAAUAUACGAAGAAAUGUUGAUCGGUUCGACGCUUUUUUUGGUGAAUGCUUUUCCAAGCUUUAAAGGAUUCCAUCCCGUUCUAAGUUAUUCCCUUUUGGAAAACCCUUUCGAUUUCUUUACCAUAAAUCAAUUUACAGGUCAAAUAACUAUAGGAAGAAGGAUAGAUCUCGAAAAGCUUUACCCAAGAACAAAUAUAAUGAUUACAGUCUCGGUCAAAGUAUUCGAAACAUUGGCGUUCAGCAUAGAUCCUCAACGACUUAUUUUAAAUAUAACAAUAUUGGAUGUAAAUGAUAAUCCUCCUCUAAUACGAGAAAAGGAAUAUCACUUUUCGAUUCCCGAAAAUGUCACAUCCCCUUUAGAGAUAACCAGAUUUGAAAUAACGGACAUGGACGUAACCAAGCCUUCCUUGCAUAUCUUCAAAAUAGAUUCUAUUUCGGAUAAAAAAAAUAAUCCAGCCACCAAUUCUAAAAAGGCGAAUAAAAAAGACCCAAUCGAACACGAUAUCGGGGAAAUGUUUGAAUUUGUCAGUAAAAAAGAUUCGAGCCUAAAACAGUUAAAAUUGGAGAAAAGUAGGGGAGACGGGCUUCGAUACGAUAACUAUUUAAACGCGGAACUAGAGAGCGAAGAAAUGAAAGAUAUUUACGAAUAUUUUGAUGAGGAUGAUAUAAACGAGGACAGACUUAAUAAAUAUGGGAAGGAAAAAGAAAUGCCGAUGAUGACUAAUAAUAUUCUGAUCUUAAAGGAAAACGCUAGGUUAGAUCGCGAAACAAAAUCGAGCUACGUUUUCUUGGUUACUAUUUCAGACAUGACGGAUGCAGGACUUACGAACAAAACAACGAAUAUUGGGAGGAUGAAAACUUAUUUUUACGCAAAAAUAUUAAUUUUCAUAGACAUAAUAGAUGUGAAUGACAAUCCACCAGUAUGCAAUAUGGGAAACAAAGUCAUAACAGUUCCUGAUAUGAUAGAGAUUGGAUCGGCUAUCGAUAUAAUAUCCGCCACGGAUUUUGAUGACGCUUCUAGCCCCAAUGGACAAAUUCAUUUUUAUUUAAACAAUGAUAAAAAUGACGAAGAACUGAUAAUCGUAGAAGAAUUAACGGGAUUAAUAAAAGUAAAAUCAUCAUUCCUGGGUCUACCCGUUAACGCUUUUAGAAAAUUUUCUUACAGAGCUUGUAAUUCAGGACCAGAAUUUGAGAACUAUUGUUGCCAUGACACCUUCGCAAUCAAAGUUCAAAAUGAAUAUGGUGGUAGUUCCGCCAAAACUGAAGGGAUCGGGAUCGAUACCGAUGGACCACCUAAUUAUAUUGUCAUUUACCAACCAGCGGACGCCUAUGAUGUGGUGGAUAUACACGAGGAUAUCGCCUUGGGCUCUAAGGUUUACGAAGUGAAAGCCAAAAUCGAAGGCGGCAAUAGGGAAAGCUGGAGAUCUCCUCUCGCGGUUCCUCACGAUGGAGGCGAUAAUUUUCACUCCCAAAAUUUGUUUAAAACGUCGAGAGAUAGAAGGUUUCAAAUUUAUUACAAGAUCGAAGAGAUUCCUAUAUACCCAGAAGAUCACCUCUCUUUUUUCAUCCAUCCUAAGACAGGGAUUAUUUACACCAGGACUAUUCUAGACGCUGAGUCUAAACGAAUAUAUACGAUAAUAGUGAAGGCUAGCACGGGAGAUUUGACUAAACAAGAAUCCAAAAUGAUUACGAUCAGAAUAAGGGAUGUGAAUGACAAUAAUCCGAUAUUCAUAAAUAAAAAUGGUGAAGAUCCACUAGUGUUAGAAGCGAUGAAAAACGCAAAUAUAGGAUCAAAAAUAGGCUCAGUUAGCGCCAUAGAUAAAGAUGCGGAAGAAAUCAAUUCUAAGAUCUAUUAUCACAUGAUUCAUGAUGAUGGUAAGGUUUGGCUAGAGAAAGAAACUGGUCAAUUAUUCGUAAACGGGAAUCUUUCCGAAUCUUCUCAAAUCGCGAAGAGUGCGAUGACUAAUGAUUACAAUGUAUCGUUCCUCCAAUUAAACCAGCUGCAACAUUUAGAUCCUAUUGUAAAGCAAGAUUACGCCAGGAAAAUCGAAUUGAUAAUCCAGGUGACUAAUUCAAAGAUUCCCCCGAGAAUCACCAAAUUGUUUUACCAAUCCCUCCUCAAGGGAAAAAUAUAUGAUCCAUCUAUUCUUCGGGUCACGAUCAAAAUCUUGGAAGAUUUAAAAUCUGUUCAAUCGAACUCAAUCGAAUUCGACAAACGUUCGCAAAAAUAUCUAAUCGAAAAAGAAGAGGAGGAUACUCAAAUUGUAGGGGGCCAACCAAUGGGACUAAUCAAACUCAACCCCAUAUUGAAAGACCUAAAACAAUUAGUCGGUAUCGAAAUGGUAGGCCAAGAGUUUUGUAAGAUAGUAGACCUCCCAUCAGCAUUACGUGAUGACUCUAAAGAUUUCAUAAAUUACGAUCUGCCAAAAUUCAAAGAAAUUGGGAUGGUGAGAUGCCAUACGUCUUCGAUGCCGUCAAAAUUUAGUUUAUUAGCGCCGGUAAACGGGGAGGAGUCUACCACGUAUUACAUGAUGAGGAAUAAAGAGAGACAAACUAAUACCAAAACUUUGUUUCAUUUGAAGGACUUAAUGGAGGACGCUUCGCAAAUAACGAUGCCCGAUUCGUUACUCAACGGGUAUUUUGAUCUGAAGUUUUCCGCCAUUGUUCAAUCUCCGUCAAAGAAAUCACUUAGGCCAGAAAGAAUUUUCUAUCAACUUAAAACUCAAACAAUUUGGGACAGCUAUAAAUCAAAAUUUAUCAUUAGAGGCUUACCCGAAGAGAGUGAAAUAUUCUUACAGAAUAUCUCAAGCUUUUUCAACCGAAACUUCCAAGAUUUGGGUUUAAGCAUGACAUUGGAUUCAUUGAACUACUACAUGCCUAAUCAGGGGGUCCUUAAUUACAACUUUUCAGAGGCUUGUUUUCACGUUUCCAAGAAUGGGAUGGUCUUAGAACCAUCGGAAAUAAGGAAAUUCAUGUUAAAUAAUCGGAAAGUUUGGAAUAAUUUGCGCCAAAAUGGGAUCGUUCGGAUAGAGAAAUGUUAUGUGGAAAGUUUAUAUGAGCCUCAAGUCAUGGAAAUCGUUUUAAUCGGGAUAGCUAUUUUGCUCAUUUUAUUCAUCAAUAUUUUGAGUGUUAUACUUAUGUUCUACAAAAAGGAAAUAAUUUAUUACGUGAAAGAUGACACUAAAUCCCAACCUGACGAUGCCAAAAUAAACUCCCAAAAUAAGGAUCAAUUCAUCAAAAGCAAAGAAUUCUACUUUGGGAGAGAAAGGGAAAAAGAGCCAAAUGUCAUAUCUCCAGAUUUUUACGAAUGGCAGGAAAAAAGUUUAGAUAUGAUCGAAGUGAAUUCUUACAAGGAUAAAAAUGACAGCAAACUUUAUGGGACCUAUUAUGAAAUUUCUAAGCAUGAAUGAAACUUUUUAUUAGUGAAUUAUAACCCAUUAUUUUUAUAGAAAUUU